GCCACUGGUUCUUUUGCAUAUACUUCCGAUAGGCUAUGGCCGCUGGUUCACCACAGCUAACCCCAACAGCCUCAUGGCCGCUAAUCGCCUUGCAAUGCCGGCGGGGAGAACGCCGAACCCUUUGGAGUCGCCGUCCUCAUCCACCAGGCAAGCCGCGUCGGCGGCGGACUGGAACUGGAAGGCGCGGUUCGAGGCGUACAACCGGCUGCAGGCAGCGGCGGCGGAUCUCGGGGAGAAGCUCCCGAUCCCGGAGAUCGUGGCGGUGGGAGGCCAGUCGGACGGGAAGAGCUCCCUCCUGGAGGCCCUCCUCGGCUUCCGGUUCAAUCUACGCGAGGUCGAGAUGGGCACCCGCCGCCCCCUGGUCCUCCAGAUGGUUCAUGACCCCACCGCCCACGAUCCCCGGUGCCGCUUCAAGGAGGAGGACUCGGAGGAGUAUGGGAGCCCACUGGUGGUGGCCACGGAAAUCGCUGACGUCAUUAAGCAGCGCACGCAGUCGCAUCUCCAGAAGAUCCAGGCCGCCGUCUCGUCCGAGCCCAUCUUCAUGAGGGCCGAGUACGCCCACUGCCCCAACCUCACCGUCAUUGACACCCCAGGUUUGGUGCUUAAGCCUAUGAAGGGUGAGCCAGACACCACACCGGAGGAGAUCCUGUCGAUGGUGAAGUCAAUAGCCAGCCCGCCCCACCGUCUCCUUUUGUUCCUCCAGCAGAGCAGCGUCGAAUGGAGAUCUUCGCUCUGGCUGGAUACUAUCAGAGAGAUUGAUCCCUCGUUCAGGCGCACGAUUAUCAUCGUCUCUAAGUUUGACAACCGCCUCAAGGAAGUCAGUGAAAGGUGGGAAAUUGAUAGUUACUUGAGUGCCAGCGGUUACCUUGGGGAUAACAUCCACCCUUUCUUUGUGGCUCUUCCAAAUGAUCGUGGAACGACCACCGACGAGGGGUUUCGUAGCCGAAUCUGCCAGGUUGAUAUCGACGUGUUGCGUCACUUGCAGGAAAAGGUGAAAGGGGGUUUUAGCGAAGAGAAAUAUGCACCAUACAUUGGGUUUUCCUGCCUCAGGAAGCACCUUGAAUCUGAAAUUCAAAAGAGGUACAAAGAAGCAGUUCCAGCCACCCUAGCACUGUUAGAGGAGCGAUGCAUUGGGGUUUCAGAAGACCUAUCCAGACUGGAAUCCAAACUGCAAGCAACUUCUGAUGUCAGUCAGCUGAGGAGAUCGGCAACGCUUCACGUUGCUUCUAUUUGCAGGCAUUUGCAUCACCUGCUUGUUGGAGCAGCUGAUCUAGACCCCGAGCUAUGGGGUUUAACUACUGAAGAGGAACAGAAGCAUAGUGGUAUUGUCAGAUGGCCUGGCAUUACCAUUGCACUAGAACCUGCCAACUUCAGUCUCAAGUUGUAUGGCGGUGCUGCUUUUGAAAGAGUAAUACAUGAAUUCCAUUGUGCAGCGUACUCAAUGAAGUGCCCUCCAUUGUCAAGGGAGAAGGUUGCAAACAUACCAGUUGCUCGUGCUGAGAAAGGCAGGUGCAGUGGAUUGACUAUGGCAGCAGCUGACAUAGCACGUGCAGCCGCACGAUCAUUUCUUGCUCCUCUUAUUGAUACUGCAUGUGAUAGGCUUGCCUUUAUCCUACAAAGUCUAUUUGAACUUGCAAUGGAGUGUAGCCGCAAUCAUGAUUCAAGAUAUAAUCAAAAUGCUGAAGAUAUGGAUGGAUAUGUUGGCUUCCUUGCUGCUGUCCGGCGCUCAUAUUAUAAGUUUGUGGAGGAUUUGUCCAAGCAAUGCAAGCAAACAGUGCGACAUCACCUUGAUUCAGUUACGAGUCCCUACUACCACUUCCCUGGGGUCACAUUUUUGGACCUGUCAGACAGUGGAUCUGUGCUGGAGCUGCCAGGUGAUUCGAUUGGUGGUAAGAAGAAAGGCAAUGGAAACAUGAUUGAUGGUGGGGCAAAGAAAAAGCACGCGACUAUGCCUGCAUAUGCUAACACUAACAGCAACCAUCACAGCAAUGACAUCCCUGGUGCUGAUGAUUUGGUCUCAAAGUCUGGGUCAUCGUACUCUAGCAUAUGCUCAAUAUAUGCUCAAUAUUUUGCUAAAAUGCGAGAAGUCCUGAUCGAAAGGAGUGUUCCCUGUGAAUUGAAUUCUGGGUUCCUAACACCGUGCCAUGAAAGGUUGUUCUUAGCGCUUGGCUUCGAGCUGUUUGCUGUUAAAGAUGACAAGUUCAUGAACAUGUUCGUGGCUCCUGGUGCUGUUGACGCAAUCCAGAAUGAGCGUGAAUCUCUGCUAAAACAUCAAAAGACAUUUGUGUCUUGUUUAAACGAGUUCAAAAACAUCUCAUCAACCCUGUAAUGAAGACCUUGUGCUUCUUUCACGGGCAUGAAUGGUGGACCCGGAUUUCACCUAAGCCCUGGGCUAAAAUCUAAACGUACUACUACAAUCAUCCAAGAUUAUAAUGUGUGCUGUUUUUAAAUGUUCUUGUCCAUAAUACAAUGUCUAUUUAUGCCUCUAUGCAAAUCUGUAUGUCCUUAGACAUAUUAUGUUUAAGUUUGAAUUCUCUACCACAUCAUUGAAAUGCAUUGAAAGUACUUGGGGAUGACAAGUAUGGAUGUUAUUAGUAUUUCAGGUAAACAUCUUCUCUUCCGCUUCCGUUCUCAUUGGCUUGCACAACUGUACUUCCUUGUAACUGAAGCCAUGUUGGUCCUUGGACCAACCGGUAAAAUGUAUUCAAGUUCCAUUUGGUAUACAGUGGGCUACCUAUUUAGGUCACUACCACCCCCCGCCUUUGCAAAACGGUGAAUUUCAAGUACUUGAAGGUGAAGUCAUUUGUAAUUUAGUCCAAUAUAGGUUAGGGCCAUGCAGGUGACCUCAUUUGUUUGUUUAUUCAAAAUAUGUCUAUGAUAAAUAAUGUCUAUUUAUGCCUGUCGCGCUUGUGCUCAACCUAACCUCAUUUGCCUCUCCUUCCUUUUCUGAGGAGCCGCGAAACCCUUAUGGGGACUCUGACUGCAUAUUCUCGUGAUCUCAUUGCUGCUGCUGGUAGGUCCUGGUGCUAUAACAGGGGCGUGGAGGGCAGGCAAGAGAACUGAGGUGACGGCGUGUUGGCAGUGUUAGAUCAAGAGGGAACAGCUCAUCAGUUCUGACUUCCGAGAAGCUCAAGUUGUUUCUAUUUGCAUCCACUAAGUUUUUGUGCUUUAUACAACUGCAUUUUUCUCCUGUGCUACACAAAAAGGAUGCCUUUUCCUACCAAAAUUUUCAUUCCAUGACUAUAGAUGUGUGGUUAUGUUAUCUGAUCUUGUGUAAUAUACAAUUCUAAUCUGCCUUUGGUAAAUACUAAAAUAGGUACCCUGAUAUGUCAGAAGAUGAGUUUAAUGCAAAAUGCCCAUAUUGCCGCAAGAACUGUAAUUGCAAGGGAUGCCUACGAAUGCGAGGAGUUGAGCCUCCAAAAAAGAAAAUUUCUGAAGAAAAUCAAAUCUGUUAUGCUUGUCAUGUUUUGCGCUUGUUGCUUCCCUGGCUGAGAAAACUGCGACAGGAGCAGAUGGAGGAAAAAGAAUUUGAGGCUAAAAUAAAAGGUGUUUCAGUGGACAAAGUGCAGUUGGAACAAGCUAAAUGUAAUCUAGAUGAGCGUGUUUACUGCAAUAAUUGUAGAACUUCUAUAGUUGAUUUUCAUAGAAGCUGCAAAUGCUGUUUUUAUGAUUUGUGCCUUGCAUGCUGCUGGGAGAUGCGCAAAGGAGAGGUUCCUGGAGGAGAAGAGGUACAGAGCAUCGAGCCUGAAAAGAGAAGCAGGGAUUAUAUUUUCGGAACUACUCCUAAGUCAAAUGAUGGAAAUGAAAUGGUCUCCUUGAGUAGGCAUUCCCCAAAUGCUGAGCCUUGCAAUGGCAUAGCUGCUAGAGGACCCAAAUAACCCUCUGCUAAUGUGGAAAGCAAAGAGUGAUGGUAGCAUAACUUGCCCACCAAAUGAGCUAGGAGGUUGUGGUGGUUCGCUUUUGGACCUCAAAUGCUUGCUUCCAGAGAAAAUGCUUUCUGAGCUAGAAGAAAAGGCUGACAGAAUUGUUAGGAGUGAAAUAUUUGCAAAAGCAGUAGCCAGAAGCAGUGGUCAGUGCCCUUGCUAUGAUCAUUUAGGAAACAUAAGAGCUCAGGAUGUGCGAGAGGCUGCAAAUAGGAAAGGCUUGACUGAUAACCACCUCUAUUGUCCAGGUGCCACUGGUAUCAAGGAGGAUGACUUGGAGCACUUUCAGGUGCAUUGGGCAAGGGGUGAACCUGUUAUUGUUUCUGACACCCUUCAGUUGACCUCUGGCCUUAGUUGGGAGCCAUUAGUUAUGUGGCGUGCACUGCGAGAAAAAAAGACCAAUGUCAAAGUAGAAGAUGAGCACUUCACUGUCAGGGCAAUAGAUUGCCUUGAUUGAAAUGAGGUGGAAAUUAAUAUACACAUGUUUUUUGUGGGAUAUACGCAAGGCAGAACUCAUCACAGGCCACAUUGGCCUGAGAUGCUUAAGCUAAAGGACUGGCCGCCAUCGAGUUCAUUUGAUCAGAGAUUGCCUCGCCAUGGUGCUGAGUUGAUCAGUGCAUUGCCAUUUCCUGAGUACACUGAUCCUCGAUAUGGUCCACUAAAUCUUGCAGUCAAGCUUCCUACUGGUGCCCUGAAGCCAGAUCUUGGACCCAAAACUUACAUCGCUUAUGGAUUUAACCAAGAGUUAGGUAGGGGUGAUUCUGUGACCAAGCUUCACUGUGACAUGUCUGACACGGUAAAUAUUUUAACACACACAGCAGAAGUACCUUAUGAGACUUAUCCACUUAAGGAGAUAGAGGAGACCAGAAAGAAAAUGAAAGAACAAGAUCUUCAGGAAUUUUACGGUGUUUCAGAAUCCAGCAUUGAACACAACCUAUCACAAACUUCUACUAAUUCCAGGAAUGUUACUAUGGAUGAAACAUCAAAGACCUCAUGUAAUGAUAGUAUCUGUAAAGAUAUUUCUGAUGGUCUGGACACCAACGCUGUAACACCUAUUGAUAGUGAAGGUGAUGUUAGGGAUAAACAUCCAUCUCAUGAAUCUAAGGUACAAAGCAAGGCAGCCCAGUGUUCCAAUUACAUUGGCAAUGGUAGUUCGGCUAUGAUGCAUAAUGGAGCUCAUUGUAUUUCGGAUAAUCCGGAGAGUGGAGAGCAUGAGAGAACUGGUGGUGCCUUGUGGGAUAUUUUCCGAAGAGAGGAUGCUGACAAGCUACAAGAUUAUCUUAAGAAACACACCUUGGAAUUCCGGAACCUCCAUUGCAAUCCUGUGAAGCAGGUUAUUCACCCAAUUCAUGAUCAAACUUUUUACUUAACUGAGGAACAUUAGAGAAAGCUAAAGGAAGAAUAUGGUGUGGAACCCUGGACAUUUGAGCAGAAGCUUGGUGAAGCAGUUUUCAUUCCUGCUGGAUGUCCUCACCAAGUCCGAAACUUGAAGUCUUGCAUCAAGGUUGCAAUGGACUUCGUCUCCCCUGAAAAUGUUGACGAGUGUAUUAAACUAACUGGAGAGUUCAGACGACUUCCAUCUCAUCACAAGGCUAAAGAAGACAAAUUGGAGAUUAAGAAGAUUGCUCUUUAUGCUCAGAACCAAGUUAUAAAUUUCUUGGAUCCUCCCUCUGACGGAUCGAUGAAUGAGGCUGGUCCGUCCGCCAUUGAAUCUGCUGAUGAGAAGAAGCCUAAAAGUGGGGGUGGUCGCCAAAGGGGUAAGCUGAAGAGUGAAGACAAGUCCAACGACGCUGCUGGUCAGAAGAAGCCUAAAAGUAAGCACGGUCGCUCAAGAAGUGAUACAAAGAGUGAAGACAAGUCCAACAAUGACUCUGCUGGUGAGAAGAAGCCUAAAAGGAAGCGUAGUCGCCCAAGAGGUGAGACAAAGAGUGAAGACAAGUCCAACUACGAUGCCGCUGAUGAGAAGCCUAAAAGGCGGAGGGGUCGCCUGAAAGUCUCUGGCAACGGCAGGUGACUGACCUGUUUGCUUCUGACAGGGAAGGUGGAAAGCAUAGCAGUUGUGGUUGCUAAGGCUGUACUGACCGACCUGUUGGUAGUCAUUUUGGAAGAAGGUUGUAGUGUAGGCCUCUGAGGCAUAGGCCACCACUAGGCGCCUUUGCAGCGUCUGGCUUUUGUUCAUAUGUGGUGAUUGCAGGCUGACAUCUUGGAAGAACCAUGUUUGAUGCCCGUAGUACAAGACUCUUCAUGUAGUGGGCUAUGGUGGUAGGCUGUUCAGCACACGUAUGCUGCUCAGUUUGAAUAUGUGUUUGUUAGUUAGAUUAUUUCUAUUUAUCAAAUACAAUGCAUACAGAUGAUUUUCGGUCUCU